AUGAAGGCUUAUUCUGCAAAGAAACGGCCUGUACAUCUAGAGGCUUGUCGAAUGCAAGCUAAAGAACAAUUUGAGCGUGGUGUUGAAAGUGAAGCUUUUAAUCGCCUGGAAGACAUAUCUAAAACAAUAAAUCUUUUAAAAGACUUUAAAUCUAAAUAUGCUGAGUUGCAACUUACACCGACAAUUACUACUCCACAACCACCACCACCGCCUUCUGUUCCUGUAACCGUGGAACCAUUGGUACCUGCCGUCAAGUCUGUCAAGCGUACUAUGCCAGGAAAAUAUGAAAAACCGAAAAAAGCUGUCAAAACUAACGUGGAGGAUACACCUACAAUCACUAGCGAAGUAUAUUCGGUGAAUGUUCGUGAGCUACCGAAUGAUCCCUACACAUCUCAGCCUCCUCCACCAGUUUAUGCACCUGCUGGUGUGCUUCCCACUGCUCCUCGCACUCAUACACAUGCUCCGUUGGAUCCUGUUCUUUUGAAACAUCUUGAUGAUAUUUUUAUUAAUUUCUUACAAACUAUUUGCUCAGAUCGUGAACAAAUUCAUCAAACCUUGAUGGCCAAAAAAAUGCAAAAAUUGGAUGAGUCGCCCGAUUUUCGUCCAUUUAAAUUUCGUAUACAAGCUUUCACUAAUGCUUUUCACGAAGAAUUACUUCGUCAUGGAUAUACCGAAGAGAUCUUACCAUUGAGAAAAGUGAAGAAUUAUUUAUACAUUUCUCGAUUUAACGAAGAUGGUAAAAAAGCAAAAUCCAAGGGAAAUCACGUAUGGAAUAUUGAAGCAAAAAAGACACCAACUGGUGGUUGGAUAUUCCGUGAAUUUACUCGUAAAAUUGCUGGAAUUCCGGAUAAAAUUGCUUACGUCGGCGUAAAAUACACUUAUGCUCCUAGAGUCUGGGAUCCACAAAAUAAUGUUCUUACUGGUACUCCAGGAAUAGAUGCUGAAAAUUGUGAAAUAACUGCAAUUGCCAAUUAUUAUCAUGGUGAUACCGUCUAUAAACUAGAAAAAUCCUUUUAUAUUACUAUUGCACACAUGGAUUCAUCCGAUCAAUUAAAUUUAAACUCGGUGGUAAGUGUUUAUUUAUUUACUUAA